UCGGCAUCGUGGACCAUUUUGAAGUACGUUACACAUACCUCAGCCAUUUGUUGAUGCCAUGCUGGAUAGCAGCUCUUGUAAGUACACGUGCCCAGAACAUCGAACUACGGGUGUUUUAUUGCCUACGCUCAUGCUUUUGACACGGUUUAAAUACGAGAAAUUCGAAGCUCAUUGCGAAGAUGUAAAACUCCUUUUUGCUGGUGCUUCUCUUCGUUUCAAUAAUCCGACCACUGAGACUAAAUUUCACACAACCCUCACAGUUACCUUUCAUUGGGGAAUGCAGGUUGAUAAUGGCGCUCAAUAUUUAGCUUAAGAGCUAGCGAUAAGUGCUACAAGGUAUGGUGUUCAUAAACCGAAUACAAAUAUUAUUACGGCGGCGAAAAUUAGAUAGGAAAGCGCAAUCCGUUAUUCUAGGAAAAAUAAAAGUUGAGACUACAGAAGUAAGAUAGAAUUGUUUAUAUUGCCGUAGAGAAAUUAAUUUUAUAAGCGGAUAGGUCGUGAUACCGUACAAAAUUAGUUGACUGUUCCGAGAAUUGCACUGCAAAUGGGCCAAUUUUUCGUAUUUCUGUUUAGAAGGCCAAUUUUUUUUUUAAGAAUGGGACUUGUACUAAACGAUGAAAACCUUUGCUAAACGUACAGAACACCUUUCUACUUGUUUUCAAACGCCUUAUGAUCGACUUCCGCUCUUGUCGACUCAUUUGGACUUUGACCUGAUAUCGUCUGACUACAUAAAGCACGACAUUAGUCUUAAACAAGAUAUUUAAUUCAUUCGCACCAAGACGUUAUAUUGAGAUGAGUUCAGUAUCAGCUCUCAAACGAUUCCGAGUGCAAUUAGGAACACAGUAAAUAAGCAAGAGUAGCUAAACAUGCAGAGUUACCUUUUGUACACUGAAUUAUCUCUCUCUGAUUUUGUGUUACCUGAAAACUGCAUUUUUCAGAGUCGAUAACUGAUUUUUGUCUGUAUUGUAUUUAAUAUGAAAUAUAAUGAAAAAAAUCAUAGAAUACAUGAACUAUUGGGGGAAGGGAAAUUAAUUAUUUUUUCACAACAAGUGCACGCCGUUUGAAAUCAAGUCGUCAUACCGCCGUAUCGCACGGCAAAGCUUAUUAUAUUAUAAACACUGCGCAGAGUCGAAGUUAUCGGUUAUUAUGCCCGAUAGGAGAGCGGCAUUCAGAUCAGUUUAGGUUGGGCUGUGUUGGCACAAUCCAAGAGGACGCUGCACUGUAUUUAUGAUGUGUCGAAUCCCAUGCAUAAUUUAUUGCAAUGUUUUUCGAUACAACGCUUAUGAUUUCCUUAGAACUGAGUAGUGAGAACAGCCGUGGGGAAGUUUUUUUAUCCAAGUAUAAACCUAACUAAUAACAGUAUUAGUAUAGGUAAUCAAAUGAUUUCAAGUGCAAUUUAGAAUAAAAAAGCACGAGUAAAUUAAAUUUUUUCAAAGACUAACAAAAUUGUAAUCAUUUUGUGGUGCAAUUUGUGGUCUUUGAAAAAUUGUGCUUAUUUAUUCCAAAUUUUCACGAGAAAAAUCAUGUGUUACGUAUUAAUAAUAGCGAAGCUCGAAGAGUGUAGCCCCAUAAUUAUACAAAAUAGUAGUAACCCAUCAAGCCGAAAAAAUUUGGAUGUACGACCGUACGACCGUACAAGGUGCUACUUUUAACAUGCGUGGUCAACUGUACCGCGGGCACGCCAACACCACGGCUUUGUUCAGUAGUCCAGUGGUCAGUGCACUGGGUUCCGAGUCGAACGACCUGGGUUCUAGACCUGGUCGGGGCAAGGCGUUGUGCCCUUGAGACGUGCGGGAAAAAAAUGCGAGCUCCGCUUUUAGGCUUGGCUAAAUCUUUAUAUUAUACAUGAAAAAAUACGAGAUAGCUUAUCAUAAUUAUGCAGAAGCAAAGCGCACGCAUUAAGUGCAAAAAUGAUUUAUUCAAACCCUGCAAGUGACAUUAUGCGUUCGGUCGAAACAACCGCGUACGAUCAAAACAAUAAUAUACUAUGAUAUUUAACAUCUUUCAGGCACAAAAAAGUUCAAAGUCUGACUUAACAGUUCAAGGAAUUGUUCAGUCUGGUUUGUUACUUCUUUACACUGAAUUGACACUCUUCUGCAACGAAUUACCUGAAAACUGCAUUUAUCUUAACCAAUCAGAACUGAGUAAUUUUUUCAUGUAUCUUAUUAUGAAUGUAAAUAUAUAUAUACCAAUACUAAUUCUACUUAAUACAAUGUUGUAUUUCUACCUAUACUCUCAGUAUUCUCAGAUUGUAAGAAGGUCGUUUCUUUCGAUGAAAAUUGGAUCGUAAAUAUUAUUGAGUAUAACUGUGUAACGUUACAUAUGUCAAAAUAGAUUUACUGAUCAUGCUUUGAUGAUUCAUGUUUCUCCAUUCGAUACCAUUUCACUUCAUUUCAGGAGGCCUGAUAUAGAUGAUGAAAAACACGGCAACAAUAUUCUCUCGGGUUUUGAAACUCGUCUGUAACUGUACAAACAAGCUUGUAACGGUUUUAUACUGAUAAAGUUCUUUUUUUUUCAGCAUUUUGCUUGAUUUCCAAAACCUAACUUUUGCUUCUUACUUGGAUAGGUAUUGCCAUCGGGCAUCAUGGGAUUGAUUCUGGCAGUCAGGGUCAGACGCUCCCCGAUUCUGGUGAGAAUGAUUACAAACGCAUAUGUUAUUAGAUUAUAAUAAUAAUCAUCUUUAUUGAGGAAACUUUUUCAUAAAAGAUAUGGUUUUCAAAAAGGACCUCAAAACUAGAUAUAUAUAGUAAAAACAAAGCUAUAAAAUUGCAAAGGGAUUAAAAAGAUACAAAAAAUGCACAAAAAUUAAAAAUAAGUAUAAGUAAAAAUUAAACGUAAGUAGCUAUAUUAAAAACUUAAAAACAUUACGUUUAAAACUAUUUACAUUCCUUGAGUCUUUGAUCGUCUGACUGAGGGAGUUAAAAUCGGAAACGGCAUGAUAUUGUGUUCUUUGCUUCCCCCAAUUUCUUUUGACACGUGGUAAUCUAAAAUUGCCUUUGUUACGUGUAUUAUGCCUAUGAAGUACGUCUUGUCUAAUCAAGUCUAUAUCGUGAUUAAUUAAACCAUUGAUGCAUUUGUAUAGUGUACACACCUUCUUUGAAAUCGCCUUUUCUCUAGAUGCAGCCACUUGAGAACGGCUAAUGCCUCAGUGGAGAAUGAGUACAAUGGUCUAUUUAAAAUAACUUUAGCGGCCUUAUUUUGCAAAACUUGCAAGCUAGACAUAAGGGUAAUAAUAUGUUUAUCGCCCCACACAAGAUCAGCAUAUUCAAAAAGGGGCAUAACAAGACUUUUAUAGAAAAGUAGACGCGCCCUGAAAGGCAAUAAAUGCUUUAUACGCUUGAGAAGCCCAAGCCACUGAUUGAUUUUCCCAGUUAGGUGUUCAAUAUGAUCAGUCCAUGUGAAAUCCGAAGAUAUAUGUAUACCGAGGUAUUUAAAGCUGCGAACAUUACUUAUACUAUGAUCUAAAAUUGAGACAGUCAAAUCUACUUUGCUUUCGCGUUUCCUAUUGCUACCGAUAAGCAUGCAUUUAGUUUUGUCCAAAUUUAAAGUCAGUUUGUGAUCAUGAAGCCAUUUCGCCACACCCAGUAGAUCGUUAUUUAACUUAUCACUCAACUCAUUUGAGGAUGUACCAUAGCAAUAAAUCACAGUGUCGUCUGCAUAAAGUGACGCGUAGCAGGAGUUAAGCACAUUUGGCAAGUUAUUUAUGUAAAUUACAAACAACAGAGGCCCUAAAAUGCUACCCUGUGGCACCCCAUGCGUGACUGGAAGUUCCUCAGAUAACUCAUUUCCACAUGAGGUGCACUGUUGUCUACCAGUUAAGUAAGAACGGAACCAAUGAAGAGCUGUUUCAGAAAAGCCGAUCUCGGAUAGCUUGCAUAACAUUAUUUGAUGGUCUACCGUGUCAAAUGCCUCGGUUAGAUCGAUGAACACGGCCCCGCAAAGCUUUCCUUUUUCCAUGUUUAAGAGCACUUCAUCAGCAAAUGAGGUCAAAGCUGUUGUGGUUGAGAAACCCUUCCGGAAACCAAACUGCUUGUUGGACAAUAAAUUAUUGGUCAUCAAGUACUGAUACAACUUCAAGUGUACCGCUCUCUCCAAAAUCUUGCUUAGUGUAGGGAGGAUUGAGAUGGGGCAGUAGUUGGAAGCGUUAGUCCUGUCACCUGACUUAAACAAUGCCGUGAUUUUCGCGCAUUUCCACAAUUUGGGAAAAUGACUAGUGCGAAUUGAGAGAUUCAAACGUUUAACAACAGAUGGUGCAAUUGUAUGAGCUGUGAUUUUAAGAAGUCUUGCGCUAAUUUUGUCUAGACCAAUCGCUUUGUUUGCUUUCAAUGACAAAAGCUGCUCAAGCACAAAAGAUUGAUCCAAUUCAGUCAACUCGAACUGGAAAAGCGGGUGUUUUGAAAUGGAAUUUAAAUUUAAGACGGAAGUCUGUAUUCUACUUGCUAGAAUUCGGCCAAUGGAAGCAAAGAAGCUAUUCAUUGAAGAAGCAAUGGAUUGGGAUGUUAUAUGCUGAACACCAUCAGAGAUAAUACACUGAAUACUCUCUGAAGAUGAGUUCCGAUUGCAUGCUUCGUUCACUGCUUUCCACACCUUUUCUGAGUCACCCUUGGGUUCCUCGAUCAUGUCACAGUAAUAUUUAGACUUGGCAGUUCGUACUAAGCCAUUAUCUUUAUUCCUAAGCUUUGCAUACAUUGACCAAUGACGCGCCGAGUUCGAUUUUCGCGCCUUUCUAUGCGCCCAGUCACGUUCUUUUAUAGUAUCACUUAUUUGACUGUUCAUCCAUGGAAGAGGUGUUCCCUUGACACGCCUUCUUUUUACUGGUGCGUGUUGAUCAGCAGCCUCCGAAAACAUUUUAUUCCACGUAAACAAGGCAUCGUCGACGUUGUCCUCGUUUUCAACAAUAUGCCAGGGAAUAUUCCUAAGAUCAUCAUUAAAUAAAAUCGGAUUAAAAUUCUUAUAGGAGCGAUACUCGAGUAUUCUCGGUUUAGUCUUUGUUGUAAUACCAGCUUUGAGCGGUAGCCUUUGCCUUUAGCCUUUGUCGUAAUACCAGAUUAUUUAUGCGAAGAGAAAAAAACAUAGAUAGGAAAGUGAUCUUCGCAGUAGUGAACAUCACUUGAGCAGUAAAGAAAAUAAGGCCUGUUAAAAAGUCAGGCCUGUACGGGAUUUGAUCUUACUUAAUUCUACGUGACAUUUAAAACGGUUGUUCACCAACGUGAAAGUGAAGCACUCAAGGUUAAUUCCCGCCUUCGGAGGCCGAAAAAAUCGUUUUUUCUUUUAUUUUACUUAACUGGAUCCAAACAUUUAACCUAACGUUCCCAUAAUCUUUAAAAGCACCCGAGUUAUUUAGAAAAACGUAUUUGCGAAUGAAAGUUAUUAAAUAAGGAGGGUGUAAUAAUCUCGUACCAGGGUGAGUCCCCCGCGGGAAUUUUCGCGGCAACCGCUCAUCUUUGGGGCUCGUUUUUCAAGUUAUUUGCAUAUUUUGUUUGCAUCGCGCACUUCACAAAAUCCACGUGUGGGUGCUCUUUGUUUAUGGAAAAUUUUUUGCUUAUGGAGAAAUCAAAAGUGGAAGAAAGUCCGGUAUAUAAAAAGACAACCAACCGGGGCAAAAACAGAACCCAAAGAAGAGAGAAAGAGUACCAUUCUGUCGAGAAAAGAAAAAAAAUCCUUUGUGAAAGCGACUGGUACUGGCGGAGCUCCACGCUGGCGUCUAGUUCAAAUGUUCAAAAUGAGGUUUCCUUUUCUAUAUGCAAGAACUAGCGCUGAUACAAAAACAUUUACAAUCGCCUCGAAUCGUAAUUUUGAAAGCCGUCUGUCGAUUCUGUCUUGCUUCUCAGCACAUUUUCCGGUUUUCCAUUUGUGCCACGGGUUUUUCUUUUGCCUUCGGCAACUUUUCCAUUAUUGUGUUGCCCUCCUCAACGCUCCACUAAACGAUUGAGAUUAAAAAAAAAAAAAAAAAAAAAGUGUGUGCAAUGGGUUACUUUUCCCGGACAAUCUUGAUUCAUCGUAAUUGACGUCAAGGGGGUCCCGUCGUCCCAUUAGUUUGGGGUUUCAAGAGGCAAAAUAAUCUCCUGGCUUUCAAACCUUUAAGAGUAAAUGUCAAUAAAAAUCACAGAUUAUCGAAAAAGUCGCGGACACGGUCAAAAAUCGAUUUGGUUCAUUUUUUGCCUGUGGGUAGCCUUAUCUAGUAAACAAACGGAAAUGGGGUUAGAUUUUUUAAAUAUGCACUUUAACGGGAAUAAUUUGUUUUAACAUUUCCGGGGGUAAAUAGCUCAAAUUUCACCAAGCGCGAUCCUGAAAUUAUGCACUUUUCGGGCACUUGUCAUGCUAACAAAAAUGUAACGGAAAAAAAAAUGUAACGGAAGGACUUUUCUAGUCAUAGAAAUAUUGAGUUGGACUUGUAUUAUCGAGACAAAGUGAUAGUUUUUGUCUAAUGUUAUUCUUGGAGGAGCUACGUCUCUAUUAAGAGACGACAUCUUCGGCCUUUCGAAAUUAAGGCAAAGGUGGCCUAGAAUAGCUUGGCAAAAAUACAUGUGGUAGCGUCUCAAAGUUUACAAUAACACUACCAAGAAGCCUUGAAAGAUAGUUCUUUACGAUGUGGGUUUUAUUUCUUUGGGACCUUUGACUAUCAAAAGAUGACCAACAGCCGAAUUUCGGUUAAAUUACCAUGACGCCAUAAUGAGUGCAUAAUAACAAAAUUAAACGCGUCGGACACAAAUAACUGUUUUAGUCAGUUAUAUCUUCACUGGCCGUUAAAAUGACUAGAAACAUAUUAAAAUGUCUAUAACUACACUUGAUUUUUAUAUACGGAGACAGGUGAAACAAUUUUCGACUUUUGCUACCCUUUGAGAAUCACGCCAUAAUUCUGCAUAAUUCUACACACAACAGGUUAAACAGUUCAAUUGCACUCAAAAGGUUAAAUUUGGCACAAAGCCGUUAGUGUCCGUUUACUCCUCAUCCGGUGAACAUGGAUUCGAGCAUUUGCAUCCCUUCUGCGCCUUCUGCACUCGCCAGUUUCGAAUUUACUGAAAAUCGUCCAACACAAAGAUAAGGAGGUUUCACAAGCAGUGGUGAGCUCGAGUGACUAAAAUCCGAUAUGUAGGACUCUGCUGUCACGCAACGCCUUCAUGUAAAUAAUACACGCACCGCUUUUAUAAUCAGCAGAUCAGUUCUUCGUAAAACGUUCAGUGCUCAGUUACUUGGAAGAGCAGGUACACUCCUGGACUAAUUGUGUGAGUCGUGCGAUGAAUGGCUUUUUCCUCUUCUGAGGUGAAAUGUCAGAAAUAUCCAGCCCAAGGUCGAUGCACAUGUCUCUUAGCCUAUCCACUCUUAAAGUUGUGAGUGUACGUUUUUGUACAAGUUCGCAGAUGUUUAGAUCGAAAGAUACAAUCGAAUGUUGAAUAGCCACAUCUCCAUCACAUUUGCACACACUGCAGAUAGAUGACUCUCAGCUUCGGCGGAAAUUUCGUCCUUUUCGACGCUCUCCAUGUCCACUUCUGAGAUUUCACUAGCUUUUGCUCGGUUACCGGCGGCUGUAACUUCUAAUCGCUUCUUUGCUGAAAGAUGGCUGAAGAAGCCACUAAUCUGCUGCGACGUAAGGACUUCAUCAGGUUGAAAUCGACGUCCUCCCGCUUGGUCUCUUGCUAGGCUCAUGGUUUUCGAAACUUCUUGUGGAUCGCUUUUCCGUCCACUAUGCUCUCCUUUUUGAAAUUGGUCAGUUAAGAAUUCGGUCUGUUUCCUUGUAAAACGCACCUUUUUCUUAAUUGUCUUCAGGGCCCAACCCAUUGGAAGAGGCGGCAAGCCGUCUCUCUUUGAUUGUGCAGCAACUUGAACGCUUGGUAUUCGACUGCGUCCCUCCAUCAGCUUGGAAGAAUAUUCUCUUUUAGCUUUAUCGUAGAGAGUUUCCUGUUCGAGCAUCAUUUGGUGUUUUCCAGUAUCAAGGUGUGUCUGGAGGUUUGCAAAGCGACUGCAGGCUUUUACACAUCCUUCUUCUGGACACGGGAAAAGCAUGUCAUCAGGCUUAUAUUCCCCAAUACAACUUCGAUCUUGGUUUUCGCUUUCAGUUAAGAAAUUUGCUUUGACAGAGCUUUCCUUAAUAUGUCGGUGUCUCACAAUCUUGAACGUCGGUGCGCCACUUGGACUCUGCGAUGGCGAACCUAGGAUUUCCAAUUUUUCGGGCUACUUCAUGACUCCUUCGAACUUGGCCCACGGCACUACUUUACCGGAACCCACAUUGAAUGCUCUCCACACUCGUGUGUCACUUUCAUCGUACUCAAAAUUGUUGAGUAAGCUUAUGCCAUCCCAUUUGAUAUUAGAGGUGCUUGACGGUUUGGCAGCAACAUAACUUGCUUUCUCUCCUGUGGUUUCUUGGCUAGAUUCAAUGGCUGUUUUGAACUGUAGAGCGUUGAUGACAUCAUUGCCUUCGUUUACGUACCUUCCAACAUACCUUCCCUUGAUUGUUGCCGCUUUGCGAUCACAUACCUCCUUUCCACCUUGAGGGUCCGAAAAGUCGUUUCUUACAAAAGCCACUCCCAUGGCAUCACUGGCCAGCUUAGCUGAGAUGAUUGAAUUUCCGCUGUGAUAACAGCCAGCGUUAUCUUAUUUGUAAUAAGCCAUUUCCAGCUCUGGAAUUUCCUUUUUCAGGGUAGUGAGGCAGUCAAGCAUAAUCGAAGCCACAGUCACACUGUCUUGGGCGCAGCUUUGAAAUACAUGAACAGGUGUCUGCGAUUCAAAGUGCUCAGAACCCUCUGACCGUCUUAUGGCAACGCUAAUGUGCCAUGGCAAUCCUCGCUUCGCAAACCAAUCUGACUGCGCCUCUCGAUAUUUUCGGGGCAUAUAUUUCAUUGCCCAGUCCUGGACUAACAACACUGAUCGGCUGUCGAAUUUGGCUAAAACUAAAUGCUUCGCCUCAGCUUGGUGGACUGAACGUAGCUGAUGGGCUUUCCAGCAAAUGAUAUCAUCCCUUGCCUGUUUGAUGGUAAGUUACAUGUCAGCUUGAUCUUCUGCAGACGAGAGCGCACUUGAACACUCAUCUUCUAUGGCACACAAUACUUCCUGUAACUCAUAACACUGCUCAUAUGACUCAUUGUGGAGAUGGUCGCAGGAGCCCCGAAAUUCAGCAUUGCUCGGAUCACUUAGCGCGUAAAUUCGACAAUGAUCGGGAACCUUUAAGGCCUCCACUGUAUGUACCUAAAAUAAAAAGUAAAAUGACAAGCGCGUGAUUCAAUGUAUAUUUACAAAGCAUUGCAUGCGCAUAUGAUCGACAUUUCAAAAAGAUUACUUAAUCGAUUCUCAGCGUUGUGUACAUGUGUGUAAGCGUAUUACAGUGAAUUGUAAACUGUUGUUUCAUAAAUUAAGCAUAAAGAAGACUUGGAGAGAAAGAAAGAGGUAGCCGUGAAUCAUAGUAAGAAGUUUACUGCAUCACUCUGCGAAGGCAACGCAUAAUUAUAAAAUAUGCACCCACCUUGGGUGGGUGCAUAUUUUACGUCUUGCCACAGUCAACAAGCUUGUCUACGAGUUUUUCUAUAGCAUCAACUGCUUCCAUUCCUGAUGCUGAAAAGUUAUCAAGUCCUUGCAGAGACUUGCGAACAGAUGAAGAACACACGGCCCAAACUCUCUGUAGAGUUCUCUUACUCAUAGGCUCAAAGUUGGUUUCACAGCAGUAUUGUUGAUACUAUUGGACAAUACGCUCUGGUAUCAUUGUUCUGAUAACAUUGGGUGUUUUUAUGAUCACGCCAGUCGACAAUUUUAGAAGUUUUUCCCCGAAAGGAACAUCUUGAGUAACGUGUGGACUCGUUAUGAAAGAAACAAAAUGUUCUAAUCUUACAGGUUCAAUUCUCAUUCUCCUUUUCUCCUGGUUUGGAAGAGGAGCAGCUCUUCCGUGUAUCAGGCUUCGCGAAAAUCCCGCUUCUUGCUAAGAUAAGUUCAAUCUCUGUCUCAGCACCUGAAAAUUAUAAAAAACGCUUGUGGCUUCCUCUGCGCCACACACGCCACCUACAAUAUCAUGUAAAGAUUAAGACAUUCUUUUUCUGCUGGAGUUAAAGCAACCGUUGUCUUUAUUCCCUUCACCGACGAUUAUUACGCUUUUGUUUUUGUUUACUUUCGUUAACCCAUCACAUUUGUUUUCCGUGGGAAAAUUGUACUGUUAUUUUCGUUCCAUAAGGUUUUCACUGUACGGUUUAUAUUUGUGAAAUUUUGUAAAGUCUAUUUCUUUGUUGUAUCGUUCUCGUUCAUGAUGGCAAUAUAUUUGUUUAGAUCUUAUAUGUGAGGCAGAGUGAAUUGUUUGUUGAUCUCGUUACGUGACAGAUUAUCAUAUGUCACGCAGAGUGACGGGAACCUGUGAAAAAUUAAAAUCCGGCAAAUCGCUAGCGUUACCUGCCGUUUUGUACGGGAACCUUUUUGUGUGAGACGUCAAUAAAACCAAAAUUAAGAUCAAAGUAGACUAAACGUAACUGGGUUGUGACACGCUGUAGAAAAUGACAACAACAAGUAACUUUAUUUUACUCAUCCCAGCUCAGUGGCUUCAAUGAGUUAGCCGGUCGGCCACCUUCACACCAAAUUGCAAAGGACAGUAUUUCGAAAAUAUCUUCCAAGCGGAAUAACAAGGGCCUAUAAAAGAUUUUUUGAAGCAAAAAUAAAAAGCUAAGUGCGGCUGCGACUCAAACAAUAAUUUGCUUGUGUCAUUGCAAUGUUGAUUUUGUUCAUUUCAAUAUGGCGCCAUUUACAAUUUGGUUGGUACAUCAAAACAGCGGAAGAUACCAGAAAAAUGAAACGAUGAAUUUGAAGACCCACCUUAUAAGCCCUCGUGAUAGUAUUGCUGGAGAUUUUGAGAAACUACCACAUGCAUUUUUGCCACACUACAUUAGGCCGGGUUUGGCAUGAAUUAAAUAUGGCGAACACGUCCACUGGUAAUUAACCCGUGGUUUCGUCAGGAAGGACACGAUACAAAAAAUAUCACUAUAUCUUGGUAAUGGAAGGCCACAUGUAUAUAUUUAUAGCUAGAGAAGUCCUGCUGUUGCAUUUUAGUUCAUGCAAGGACGGCCUGAAAACUGCAUAAUUUAGAGCUCGCAGGCACUCAUUUUCGAUCAUGCAAUUAGUAUCGGUUUAUUUCCGUUGAAAUGAAUAUUUACAGAAACUAACCUCACUUCACUUUAAGUAGUACCUAUAGCUACCUGUAGACAAAAAACGGGACGAAAUGAUUUUUUUACCAUGUCCGCGAUUUUGUUAUUUUUCUUUGAUUUUUAGAGACAUUCACUCUUAAGAGCUAAAAUCCCGCAAUUUAUUUUUGGACGAAUACGUCCGCUUUGAGAAAGUUUAUAGGGGAUUAGAUUUGACCGAUUUUCGUCAGAUUUCGCCAAAACAUUCCAGGAAUAACGACAAACGAAAACUUGUCGGGAAAUUUAGUUAUUUGAAAUAUUUGUCUCUUGGUAUCCAUUUACGCAAAACGCCUCGCAUAUUUUUAGCUACUCCAACUUCAGUUGCCGAUAUCUAGACAACCAAUCAAAAUAUUGGAAAAGCCGGACACACUUCUGUUGAUUGAUGCCUUGUGAAUAAGACUGUGCAGCCAUUUUGCUCGUGCUGCGGUAUCCAAAACUCGAUAAAUUCAGAAGAAGAACCCUCAGUCGUUUCACGCCUUACCGGCUUCUAAUACUUUCUAAAAGGAAAACUCGUUUAAAUUAUAUUUUUAUCAUAAACUGCAGUUAUUAAGCUUUCUUCUGAUAUUUAGUUUGCUACGAUUUUAGUGAAACUAGCGCGCGCGCGAAAUUUCUCCAGAAGGACACCCACGAAGGUAGAAGGUAACCUUCAACUAACAUUGGCUAAAGUUGUAUUUGAAGCUCAGAAAAUGAUUGCAUCCUCCUCUGAUAUCAUAAUUUCAGAUAAAUUGGCUCACUUCAAUUAGUGUUGCCUCUGUUGUGGUUUCUGCGGUGGUACUUGAAGCGUAUUCAUGGGCUCUGAGAACUUUAUUGGGUUUCAAAUAUGACAAAUACGAUGGUUCAAACUACAGCAAUGCACCGAGUUUCCCCUACUUUUGGGCUAAAGACGCAAAAAUCAAGUUUGAAGACCAGGAAAACACCAUGAUAGCCAUACAUGCCUUGAUUGUCAUAUUUGCCAUCUGUGAGAUCAUUCUCGCCGUGGCAACUGCUCGGAGCGGUGAAACUGGGCGGCAGUCGCCGCAGGAAAAUCAGGUAUGUUGCGCUACUCAGAGAAGAGUUAUUAACCUUUUACACCUUAACAUCAGAAUACAUUUUCUCCGUAACAUUCUUUAUACAUUUCCUAUGAUAUUGACAAAGAGAAUUUGUUAAACAAUUAAGAGCCUCUUUAGUUGCUGAUCAUUUCCUUUAUUCUCACGACCUCAAUGUUUGUUUUAGGGGUGAUACUGAUAUGAGAAAAUAGUUAUCAAUCAGUCCUAAGGGUUAAAGUGUUAAUCGAAUAGGGCACUGAGGUCUAAAAGUAAGGGCUCUCACUUCAUUUCCUCUUCAUCAUCCUUUGCUUUCGCUCGACGACUUACUUCCUACGUCUCACCUUACCUCCCUUCUCCAUCCUCCAUCCCUGUCGCCUCCCCCCCCCCCUCACCAUCCACUCUUUCUCUCUUUAUUCCUCCCUCUCUUUUUCUCUCUCCUGUUCUCUCUCCCUCCUUUCCAUCUCUCUCCAGUCCUCCCUCCCUUUUCUCCUCCUCCCAUACCUCUUUCUUUACCUCCCUUCUUUCAUUUCUUCCUCUUUUCUUUUCAACCUCUUCUUCUAUCUCUCUUCCCUCCAUUCCCUUCAUUUUUUCUUCCCAGACUUCUCCCUCCAUUCCUCCGUUUCUUUCUUUCUUCCUUCAAUUCUUCUUCUCCUCCACCUUCUCUUCCAUCCCUCCCUUCCUUCGUCUUUUUGUCCUUCUCUUUCUCUCUCUGUCUUUCCUCCUUCCCUUCAUUUCUCUCCCUCUUCUUCCCUGUCUAUCUUUCUGACCUUCCUUUCUUUUUGUCCCGAUUGUGCCCGUAAAAUGCUAGAAGGUUGCUCUCUGGACACCAAAAAGGAGCUAAAAAAUUGACAAAAGUUCAAAAAGUUGUUACCUAAUGUUUAAAAAGUGGUCACCAAAAUUUCUUGGUAUUUUUAUACAAACGUUAAUUAAAAGCUAUAUUUUUCGAUCUGCGCUGUAAUAAACUUGGUUUUAAAGUGCUGCUCGCGAAGAAAGGCGGCCUUUAACUAUUCAUUUCUCAACGGUGGUAACAACUGUUUGACUUGAUGAAAUUAGGAGAUCCUCGCAGCUAAGAACACUACUGAAACGAGUAGUUGUAAAUAGGACCUGAAAAAAAUUUUCAGGCCCGUACGGGAUUUGAACCCAUGACCUCUGCGAUACCGGUGCAGCGCUCUACCAAUUGAGCUAACAAGCCAACUGGGAGCUGGUCAAUGAAUUGGGUCCAAUUACUGGUAGUACUGUUUGACUUUUUGGCACUUUUUCAGCAACGUUUUCGUUGUGUUGUUCAGCAAAUAGCUUUCAAGCAUUUUACGAGCACAUCUUCCCUUCUUUACCCUGAUCCAUUUUCUCUCCCGUUCUUUCUACCUUCCCUUUUCCUUCAGCUUCUCGAGCUCGUUAUGCAACUUGACAUUUCUAUUCUCUAUUUUAGUCUGGCUAUCCGUAUCAUCAUAUCGGAAGUGGACAAGUACCGAUCCAACUGCAGGCUUUUCCAACACAAGCUAUGAUGACCAUUCCGAUCUCUGGAGUCGACUAUAGGAAUGGUGGCCUCCAGCAGCGCAUGUAGCCACUGAAUGUUCGUUUGCUUGUUCAGUGGCGUUUUUUCGGAAAUAUCAUAUUUAGCCUAAAAGCAAUAGUAUGAGUGUAUAACCAACGGUUAAGGUGCCAUCUCGUGGCAACAACUUACGUAACGUAACUGUAACGUAACGCAAAUGAAUAGUUUUCUAACAAGGCUUCAGAAGUCAUUAUGUAGUAGAAAUACAGAAGCAUAUAGCAUAUCAUUGAGAACCAAAAGAAAGAUUAGCAAUAAUAAUUGCUUAGGGUUAGAGCUAAUGCAGGUGAUUAAAUCCAGCUACAUCCCACCCCUCAGCCCAGUUGUUUUUGUAGUUUUAACUUCAACCGAGGAUUUGCUUUCUUUGAUAUUUGAAUGACACUUGCGGAUCAUGAAGAACUAACCCGCAGACGGAUUCAAGGUCAGCAUAGCCUAUCUCGUUAUAACAUAGACUGACUGCCCGCUUAGGGUAGUCAGUUUUUAAAUUGCACCUACUAUCAUAUAAACCAUAUUUUCACGUAAACUGCGGUGUUAUACAAGGAUUUCUGGCCCUGAGAAAAGCUGUAACAACACACGUGAAAAAAUAUCCUAUUUUUUUUGUUCUUACCAUAUUUUGACGUCAUCUGUGACCUAUUUAACAAAUAGAUUCCAAGUUGCCGUGCGUCUGUUCAGUAAUAGAUCACAGAUGACGUCAAAAUGUGGUAAGAACAAAAAAGUGGCACACGAAGCUCAGCCGAGUGUGUCACUGAUGUUCUUAACACAUUUUGACGUCCUUUGUGGUCUAUUACUGAACAGACGCACGGCAACUUGGAAUCUAUUUGUUUUAUAUAAUAAAAAAUUAAAAUAUACGGGGGAAAAAGUUUUAAUGAUGACGUCAUCUAUACGUCUGUCCUCCAAUAGAUCAUAAGUGAGAACCAAUCAGAAUGCGUGUAUAACUGAGCUCAUUACAUAAUACUGAACAGAAACGAACGGAAUCUAUUGUUAAUUAAACUGUGAUGUUUUAAGCCCAAUUGACUCCAUCUUUUGGUUUCAGUCAAGUUUUAUUCCAAGAGAUAUCGCCGUGUGUCAGUUCAGAAAUCGACAACAUGCAUGGAAUCUAUCUGUUUAACAAAAUAAAUAAGGCUCAUCGAACUACAAGAUGUUUGUUCAAUAAGGGCGCGCGCAGCAAAGCUAUUUGGUAACCGGCGUGAAAAAAAAAAAAGCAUUUCUAAUACUUUUUUUUUUUUCAUACCCUGGUAUUUUUAUUUUUUAGGGAUUUAACGCUGGUAUCAUGGGCUUGACUCAAGUAAGAGAAGCAAAGGAUUGAUCCAUGCUUCACUUUAAGGGCUCAGAUUUCGUUGUAAUCGAUUUAAAUCAAUUUGAUGGUCAGUCAGUCGAUUAUUCGGCCAGUCAGUCGAUUGGCCAGUCAGUCGAUUGGCCAGUCAGUAAGUCAGUCGGUCAUCUAGUCAGUCGGGCUAUCAGUCAGUCACUCAGUCAGUCAACCAGCUAGUCAGUCAGCCAGCUCGUCAGACGGUCAGUCAAUCGGUCAGUCAGUCAAUAAUCAGUCAGUCAGUCGGUCGGUUGGUCGUUCGGUGCGUUGAUCAACUAUCAAGUCAAUCAGUCAGUCAGUCCGUCAGUCAGUCAGUUAGUCAGUCAACCAGUCAGUCAGUCAGUCAGUCAGUCAGUCAGUCGGUCAGUCAGUUAGUAUGGUCAGUCAGUUGGUCGGUCAGCCAGUCAGUCAGUCAGUCAAUCAGCAAGUCAGUCAGUCAGUCAAUAAUCAGUCUGUCAGUCAGUCAGUAAGUCGGUCGGUCGGUCGGUUGGUCAUUGAUUGACUACCAUAAUGUUUUUGUUAAUAUCUCCUGAACCAAUUGAUUUUCACUGGGUAUAACCUUUGUUCUUCCACUGUCAGUACAAAGUGCAUUCAUAAACAAUAUCGUCAUACAAUUUUUCAAGCUUUACAAUUACUGAUCAUCUUAUCAACAAACAAGUAGGAGAACUUUGAUUGCCCAAUUGCCUUCACUACAUGAUUUAUAUAAACGAUAUAUCACAAGAUAUUCCCCAAAUCUAACUGAUGCACAUUGGAUCCCGUGACGCUUUUAGAGGGGAGGAGAUAUCCAAAUUUGUAGACGUUUUAAUAACUAAUUUGACCCUAAAAGUUCUCACAUAGUGCGAGAAAUAAUAAUAAAAACC